GUUUGUAAAAAUAAUGUUUUAAUUUUUCAUUAAUAAUUUUCUUAAAUAACAUUUAUAUUUAUGAAAAAAGGUUGCUUUAGGAAUAAUGGUUUAAUUCGUUAAAAUAAAAACUGAUAGUAAUAACAAUUUUUAAUUUAUAACAUUUACGUUCUGCAAAAUGUACUAUUUUGCAUGUGCUACAGAUAUGUGUCAUGCGUCGUAUCGUGUAGUGUCGCGCGGCGUGUCUUUCUCGAUUUCUUGGCAUUCAUGUGAUGAUCAACAAUCAAAACAUAAUUGUAGAUAAGCGUAGGCAUAUCGCGCGAAUCUACUGACGCCCGAGUCGGGGCAAGUACUCCGCAAGACUGUCAGUUUAUCACAGUUUAUCAAUAAAACGGUGUCUUAUCAAAAAAUAUGGAAAAUAUGCCUUCCCAGACCAGACGCCGGUGUUACGAUAAGGUUACGUCUCCGUGAGCGGGACAAAUGAAUCGAUUGUGGUAGUGACAACGCGAACAUUAAAUAAAGCGAUCAUGUCGAGAAAGUGGGUGUCAAAUUUCGCGUUGGCCGGCACCAUCAGGUUGUUAAUAAUGAAUUCAGAGUAUCAAAAAAUAAUCUGCAAUCGCGUCGAGAUUUCUACCGCCUUGAACUCCUGGAAGAGAGUAACUGAAGGAGUUUACCUGCACAAGUUUGGCAUAGACCCAUACGAGGGAGAUCUGUUUCACGAAACUCCAAUUGGAUUGUAUGUGUUCAAACUGAUGCAGGAAUACUUACCACAGUGGGCAUUAUUUUUGCUAUUUGUUGUUGUUGACCUAACAACUGCCCUAUGCCUUGCUCUUGCUGCCAAACAUUAUGCAAUUGAGUUGGCAAUGAAAAAAACACGACAAGAAAAGGAUGAGAAGCCUAAUACAGAUAGUUCCAGCACGUCCGCUUUGUACGUUUCCGCAGCGUAUCUGUUCAAUCCGUACAUAAUACUGAACUGCAUUGGUCUGACGACCACAGUUUUUACCAAUCUACUUUGUUCAAUCGCGCUGGUGUCGAUGACUAGACGUUCUGUGCUCUGGAGUUGUGUUUCAAUAGCUUUACUGACAUUGCAAGGACUUUAUCCCAUAUCACUCAUGGUACCAGCAACUAUCUAUGUCGCUAAUACGGCAAAGAAUAAAAAAACGAGUAUUGUUACGAUGUUAAUCGUAUUUUCGAGCAUCCUGGCGGCCUUGUUCGCCGUUUCUUACUGCAUUAUGGAAAGCUGGUCUUUCUUGUGGAGUACCAUUGGCUUUAUCCUAACUGUUCCCGACUUACGUCCGAAUAUUGGCCUAUACUGGUACUUUUUUACGGAGAUGUUCGAGCACUUUAGAUGGCUCUUCAUCGCAUCCUUCCAGAUAAACGUCAGUUUACUCUACAUAGUCCCUCUAGCGCUGCGAUUACGACGCGACCCAAUGUUACUGGCGUUCUCCUAUUUAGCGAUCGCUGCCAUAUUUAAAUCUUAUCCCUGCAUUGGAGACGUCGGCUUUUAUAUAUCUCUACUGCCACUGUGGAAACACUUAUUCCAACAUAUGCAACAAGGAUUUAUUGUAGGUUGUUUUAUACUGUUUUGCACGGUCUUUGCCCCAACUGUAUGGCAUCAGUGGAUCUAUUCUAGAUCGGCGAACGCUAAUUUCUACUUCGGAGUAACUUUGGCAUUUGCAAUAGCACAAAUCUUUCUUCUAACGGACAUCUUGUUCGCCAGUGUGAAACACGAGUUUGCAGUUCAGCAUGGUAUCAAUAAAAAAGUUAACGGAAAUGAGGCCAAAUUGCUGCUCGAAUAAAAACAUGCUUUUCUAAAUAGAAAUAGUAUAAUGUAAACCCUGCCGAUGAACAAUGACAAAUGAUCGUGUCUUUGAAUCAUUUGCCAUAUAAAAAUAAAUAGUUUUUUACAAAA